AUGUCCACACGCCUGCCCUCGCUGGCCCGCCAUCUGGCCCAGCGCACGACAAGCCUCCGCGCAACAUCUCACCCGACCAUGGCUCUCCCGCUCCAGCGGGCCGCCUACUCCUCCUCCUCCUCGCCGAGCGACAACCCCUUCGCCUCGUACCCGGCGCCGCCGCGCCUGCCGGCCGCGGAGCAGGCCGAGUUCGAGCGGCUGCAGCGCAGCGCCAACACGCAGGAGCCGCUGGACCCGGUGGCGGCGGAGGCCGCGACGGCGUCCCAGGCUGCCAGCAGCAGCAGCCAGAUCAACCCGGAUCCCCAGGGCGUGCAGUCUCCGGUGGCGGCCGAGGCGCUGACGAACCGCGCGACGCUGGGCGAGACCAGCAACCUGCCGCUGCGGCGGGGCGCGCCGCCCGAGUUCGAGGGCGACGUCAACCCCAAGACGGGCGAGGUCGGCGGGCCCAAGAACGAGCCGCUGCGCUGGGGCCACGCGGGCGACUGGAGCUACAACGGGCGGGUGACGGACUUUUGA